CAGCACAAUUAGUGCUACAAGCUACAACAAGUAAAAGAUUUAUCAUUAAAAUUUUAAUCAUUUUUAAAAGAGGCCAAUACUGAAUAAAAUAUCUGCUCGGAUUCAUUGUACAACUAAAGCAUGGAGAAUGGAUCAGUGGUGACGUCAUUCAUAUUGAAGGCAUACACUGAACUGGAGGACCAUAGAUAUCUAUACUUCACAGGUUUCCUGUUAUUAAUCAUCCUUUUGUUAUUCACCAAUACAGUCCUUAUUACAGUAAUUUACAUUGAGCGAGGUCUCCAUGAACCCAUGUACUUUUUUAUGUGUAAUUUAGCAGUGAAUGGAAUUUAUGGCAGUAUAUCUCUAUUACCAUCAAUACUUAGAUAUUUAAUGUCUCAUACUUAUGAAAUAUCUCUGACUGCUUGUCUUUUACAGAUCUUUUGUAUACACACACAUGCUGCAGUUGAAUUUUGUAUUUUAGCAGUGAUGGGCUAUGACCGAUAUGUUGCCACUUGUCGUCCACUACACUAUCACCAAUCAAUGUCUCAUAGAAAAGUGUGGACACUCAUUGCAUUAUCUUGGAUUUAUCCAAAUAUUAUUUUUGGGCUGUACUUCAUAUUAACGGUACAACGUACAUUUUGUGAAACGAUCAUAGAAAAGUUGCAUUGUAUGAACUUUUCAUUAGUCAAACUGUCUUGUCUUCAAAUCUCUAUUCAGAGCAUAGUUGGCUUUGUUGUAACUGUUUUUUUACUUGUUCCACAUUUGUUCAUGAUACUAUUUUCAUAUGCACAAAUAUUCAGAAUCUGCCUGUCUGCUUCUAAAGAAUCUCAGACCAAAGCUAUUCAAACAUGCACCCCACACCUACUGGCUGUUAUUAACUAUGUCGUGGGGUUAUUAUUUGAAUUUAUCCAGGAUCGUUUCAACAUGAGUCAUGUACCUCAUAAAGCUCGCAUAUUCAUGUCUCUUUAUUUUCUGAUAAUUCCCCCAUUGUUUAAUCCUGUCAUUUAUGGAAUUAGGAUUCAAGCCAUACGAGUUCAGAUUUUCAAACUGUUCAGUCCAAGAAAAAGAACUUAACUCCACUGCAAGGGGUUGAUGAAAUAGUCUCAUGCCAAUGUAAUUAUUUACGCAUAUUAUUGAGCCAAUAAACCAAAACAAGCUCAAAUGGAAUUCCAGUGGGUGGCAGGAUCAAUGAACAGUAUGGACACUGGUCUGGGUGAUUUAACCUCAACAAAGGCUAAUUUUGUCAAUAUUUGCAGAUGUGGCAACAUGAGAAGAAAGCUUAAUUUUGAAGUGUUCAGGCUCCCGUUCCCUCCAUUUGCAUUUUAGAAUUGAUUAGACACAGUAAAACUGUUUUGUAUAGAUCUCUGUUAUAUAAAUUGAGUAAAAUAACAUAAUUGUCAUGACAUUAGAUAUAAUCAUCAUUUGAUUACAAAUGUGAGUAGACGGAAAAUGUAUUCAUGGUUUGAUUAGAUAUUGGUAGUUGUUAUUUUUGGUAAUUGUUAUUUUUAAAUAAAUACCUUCUACAAAUAAUGUAUUGUUUCUCGAUGGCUUCUUAUUAAAUAAUAAAAUUAAUUGUUUUCUGCCACUUGACAUAAAUUACUUUCAUUCAUAGAACACCAGAAAAAUUCUAUCAGUUUAUUGACAGUAAUAAAGUAAAUAUUUAUCUUCAUUAAUAAUAAGACAGCUUUUUCUCUUUUUUUUGCAACAGAAGACAUUUCAAAUGUGUAAUUGAACUAGGUCUUAAGUGAAGCCACAGAAAGAAACAUUUGCCAAAAAAACUACAAAACAUUCCCUUUCCUUCCUUGGUGAUCCAAAAGGUUUCAACAAUUCUCACAGCUAUUUUCUCGUCAAUAGCUUUGAAUUCACUGGCAUAUGCACUUUUGCAUUUCAAUAUGUCACUUCACAUAUUAUUCACAUUAUUAAUGGAAAACUCCAGGGUAAAGCAUGCUUACAUUGUUAUAAUUUGCUUGUUUGUAAAACGUACUUAUCUUAUUCAAUACCUAUGUC